AUGGAUGCAAAUUUAAGAAAUUAUCUACAGCAAAACCAUUAUACCCUUACAUGGAAAAAUAGAGUCAAAAUAUCUCAUGAUCUCAUUCAUGCAUGUCUCAGAAUUCAUAAUGAUAAUGCGAUCCAUCGAAAUUUGCAUUCCGGGAAUGUCUUAUAUCUAAAAUAUAACGACUAUUGGUAUAUAAGUGAUCUUGGAUUUUGUGGACCAAUGGAUAAGCCAUCCAAAAGUAUAUAUGGUAACCUCCCUUACAUUGCACCUGAAGUUAUAGCUGGAAAAGAGGUUACUACGGCAUCUGAUAUAUAUAGUAUUGGUAUUAUUAUGUGGGAACUUUCAUCCGGACAAUCGCCUUUUUUGAACUAUAAUCAUACCUAUGAUUUUGCAUUGAGGAUAGUUAGUGGUAUGAGACCCAAGAUUUUAUCAGGAACUCCUUCAGAGUAUAGAAGAAUAAUGAAGCAAUGUUGGGAUGCUAUCCCACAAAACAGACCUACUGUAUUUACUCUUGUAAAUGAAAUUGAAAAAUUGUGGAAAAAUUGUUUAAAUGAUAGUUCAUGUGAAUAUAAUUCUACUAUAUCUGAAAUUUCUCAAAGUUCAGGAGAUGCAUUAUAUCCAUUACCAAUAAAUAUUUCAAGUAGUACGAUUUAUCGAUUCGAUAAUUUACCAGACCCCAAAAAUGCAACUCCCGAUGAACAAGAAGAGAUUUUACCAAAUAUUUAUCGAGCAACAUUUAGUCAAAACUAUGCAAAACUAUCAUACCCGAUCAACGUAUUCCUCAUCCACAUUCCCAAAACUUAUGAUUGCAUUUUACUCGAUACAUCAGAUCCAACUAAUGAUAAUUACUUAUUGAAUGCACUCUCCACUCAUUUCUCUUCUCAUCCAAAUUAUAAUUUAAAAUAUAUUGGAUUAACUAACGAUAAUUAUGAUCAUACAGGCUCUAUAAUCAAAUUAUUAAAGGAUUAUAAACAAUCUAAAGUAUUAUUGGGAGAAUCAAAAGAUGACAAAUUGUUAAAGUAUUUGUGUAGAAAAGACGAUAUUGCAGAUAGAUGUCAGAUUAUUAAACAGGAUUACGAUGAAGAAUUUGAAUUUUAUGAUAUUUUUAAACCAAUAUUUACAUUUGGAAAUCCGUCAGGUUCCCUUUCAUAUUUACAUAUUCCAUCAAAUUCGGUUUUUAUUGGAGAUCUGAUCAUGAACAUUUCAUAUUUAUCAUAUCCAUCUAUUACUCUGCCAUUAACUUUAACAAUAGAUCAGUUAAACAAUGUUAAAUUAGCCAUUACUCAAAUUUUUCAGUUAGAUAAUGUUAAACAUAUCUUCCCUUCUCAUGAUUAUAGUCAUAAUG